ACUCAUUAUCUAUUAGGUGUCAGCCAUAGUACAUGAUAAUUGGUCGACAAGAAGAACAUUAUUAUAGUUGGUACAAUGUUGAUAGAUAAAAUGUUGACUAAAGAUAGAGUAUUAAUCUGUCUGCUUAUAUCCAGUCAUGUUUAUUUUGUAUUGGGUUCAGGUUCCUUUAAUGUGGCACUUAAUAAACCAACAUGGCAAAGUUCAACAUAUAGAAGUGGCGUUUCAUCUAGAGCUGUAGAUGGUAAUACUAAUCAGAGAUGGUAUGGUAACAGUUGUACAGAAACUAAUAAUAAUAAAGCAAGAGAAUGGUUGUGUGUUGAUCUAAAACAGAGUUUUGAUAUCAGUAGUAUGAAGAUAUUUAACAGAAUAGAUGGGGGUACUAACAACAUCAAAGGAUUUGAAGUUAGAUUGAGUUCAACUGGUAACUGUGAUGAAGGAGGUUUUAUUUCAGCUACAGCAUGUUAUAAAGAUCAUACAUCAACAGGACAAUCUAUUUAUACCAUAGACAGAUGUAAUCAACCAUCUGUACCAUCAUUAUCGGCUAGAUUUGUUUUUGUUUCAAUAAAACGUCAAUAUUUAUACAUAUGUGAACUACAAAUAUUCACAGGUUUAGGUUCCUUUAAUGUGGCACUUAAUAAACCAACAUGGCAAAGUUCAACGCUUGGCGAUUCAUCUAAUGCUGUGGAUGGUAAUACUAAUCAAGAUUGGUAUGGUGGAAGUUGUACGAUCACUAAUAACAAGAAAGCAAGAGAAUGGUUGUGUGUUGAUCUAAAACAGAGUUUUGAUAUCAGUAGUAUGAAGAUAUUUAACGUAUUAAACAGUUGGGGUACUAACUACAUCAAAGGAUUUGAAGUUAGAUUGAGUUCAACUGGUAACUGUGAUGAAGGAGGUUUUAUUUCAGCUACAGCAUGUUAUAAAGAUCAUACAUCAACAGGACAAUCUAUUUAUAUCAUAGACAGAUGUAAUCAACCAUCUGUACCAUCAUUAUCGGCUAGAUUUGUUUUUGUUUCAAUAAAACGUCAAUAUUUAUACAUAUGUGAACUACAAAUAUUCACAGAAAAUUGUCCUGAUGGAUUUUACGGUACCAAUUGUAACAUUAGAUGUCCAGCGAACUGUACAAACAAUAUCUGUGAGAAAAUGAUAGGAUCAUGUUCUAAUGGUUGUCAGGGAGAUCUUUAUGGUAGCAGGUGUGAAUUAUCAUGUAGCACCAGAUGUAAGAAUGGUAAAUGUAAUGCCACAAUAGGAACAUGUACCGAAUGUAAAGAUGGUUACUAUGGUGAAUUCUGCGAGUCUACAUGCAACACCAAUUGUCAGGAUAAUAAGUGUGAUAGGAAAACAGGGAAAUGCACCGGGUGUAAAGAUGGUUACUAUGGUGACGUCUGUGAGUCUACGUGCAACACCAAUUGCCAGGAUAAUAAUUGUGAUUGGAAAACAGGGAAAUGUACCGGAUGUAAAGAUGGUUACUAUGGUGAUGUGUGUGAGUUUGCAUGCAACACCAAUUGUCAGGAUAAUAAGUGUGAUAGGACAACAGGGGAAUGCACCGGGUGUAAAGAUGGUUUCUAUGGUGAUGUGUGUGAGUCUACAUGCAACACCAAUUGUCAGGGUAAUAAGUGUGAUAUGAAAACAGGGAAAUGCACCGGGUGUAAAGAUGGUUACUAUGGUGAAUUCUGUGAGUCAGCAUGCAACACCAAUUGUCAUAAGUGUGAUAGAAAAACAGCGAAAUGUACCGGAUGUAAAGAUGGUUUCUAUGGCGAAUUCUGUGAGUCUACAUGCAACACCAAUUGUCAGGAUGAUAAGUGUAAUUGGAAAACAGGGAAAUGUACCGGAUGUAAAGAUGGUUACUAUAGUGAUAUGUGUGACGAAUCAUGUCCUACUUGUAAUGGUACAUGUCGACAAUUAGAUGGUGUCUGUUUGACUGGCUGUAAAGAUGGAUAUUGGGGAUGUAAUGGUUUGUGUCUACAGACAUGUUCCUACUGUAAUACAAGAGGCUGUAGAAUAGAAGAUGGCGUAUGUCAUAAUGGCUGUCAAUUUGGUUUCAGCAAUCCAAAAUGCUUCAAUAGUCCAAAAAAUUGUCCUGAUGGAUUUUACGGUACCAAUUGUAACAUUAGAUGUCCAGCGAACUGUACAAACAACAUCUGUGAGAAAAUGUUAGGAUCAUGUUCUAAUGGCUGUCAGGGAGAUCUUUAUGGUAGCAGGUGUGAAUUUUCAUGUAGCACCAGAUGUAAGAAUGGUAAAUGUAAUGCAAGAACAGGGAAAUGUACCGGAUGUAGAGAUGGUUUUUAUGGUGAAUUCUGUGAGUCUACAUGCAACAUCAAUUGUCAGGAUGAUAAGUGCGAGUGGAAAACAGGGAAAUGUACCGGAUGUAAAGAUGGUUACUAUGGUGAAUUCUGUGAGUCUACAUGCAACACCAAUUGUCAGGAUAAUAAGUGUGAUAGAAAAACAGGGAAAUGUACCGGAUGUAAAGAUGGUUUCUAUGGUGACGUCUGUGAGUCUACAUGCAACACCAAUUGUCAGGAUGAUAAGUGCGAAAGGAAAACAGGGAAAUGUACCGGCUGUAAAGAUGGUUACUAUGGCGAAGUCUGUGAGUCUACAUGCAACACCAGCUGUAAGAAUGGUAAAUGUAAUGCCAGAACGGGGAAAUGUACCGGAUGUAAAGAUCGUUACUAUAGUGACAUGUGUGAAGAAUCAUGUUCUACCUGUAAUGGUACAUGUCGACAAUUGGAUGGUGUUUGUUUGACUGGUUGUAAAGAUGGAUAUUGGGGAUCUAAUGGUUUGUGUCUACAGAAAUGUUCCUACUGUAAUACAGGAGGCUGUAGAAUAGAAGAUGGCGUAUGUCAUAAUGGCUGUCCAGUUGGUUUCAACAAUCCGAAAUGCUUCAAUAGUCCAAAAAAUUGUCCUGGUGGUUUUUACGGUAUCAAUUGUAACAUUAGAUGUCCAGCGAAUUGUACAAACAACGUCUGUGGGAAAAUGAUAGGAUCAUGUUCUAAUGGUUGUCAGGGAGAUCUUUAUGGUAGCAGGUGUGAAUUUGCAUGCAGCACCAGAUGUAAGAAUGGUAAAUGUAAUGCCAGAACAGGGAAAUGUACCGGAUGUAAAGAUGCUUACUAUAGUGAUAUGUGUGAAGAAUCAUGUCCUACCUGUAAUGGUACAUGUCGACAAUUGGAUGGUGUUUGUUUAACUGGUUGUAAAGAUGGAUAUUGGGGAUCUAAUGGUUUGUGUCUACAGACAUGUGCCUACUGUAAUACAGGAGGCUGUAGAAUAGAAGAUGGCGUAUGUCAUAAUGGCUGUCCAGUUGGUUUUAACAAUCCGAAAUGCUUCAAUAGUCCAUGCUCCUUGAAUGUGGCUCUGAAUAAACCAACAAGGCAAAGUUCAACGCAUGGUGGUGGCGUUUCAUCUAGAGCUGUGGAUGGUAAUACGAAUCAGGAUUGGUCUGGGGGAAGUUGUACACACACUAACAGAGGAGCAAGCGAAUGGUUGUGUGUCGAUCUAAAACAGACUUUUGAUAUCAGUAAUAUGAAGAUAUUCAACAUGGCAAGCUGUUGUACUGACGAAAUGAAAGGAUUUGAGAUUAGAUUGAGUUUUACUGGUCACUGUGAUGAAGCAGGUUUUACAUCAGCUACACCAUGUUAUCAAGACCAGGCACAAAAAGGACAAUAUGUAUACACCAUAGAGAGGUGUAAUCAACCACCUGUACUAUCACUAUCGGCUAGAUAUGUUUUUGUGUCAGUACAACGUCAAUAUUUGCACAUCUGUGAACUACAAAUAUUCGCAGGUCCUUGAAAUUAACCUGAGCAUGCCAUUACCCAGAAACCAGGGAGGUUAUAAGAAAAUCAACAAUGGUGAAAAAAGAAGGAAAAAUAAACAGGUUUAUUUUGAAAAUACAUGUUUCUGUAUUUCAAAUAAAUAUUUUAUACAACUGUAAAAUUAUAUACGCUUUAUAGAUAUCUUAUAUACAUGUAAAGUAGAAUUUAUGUCCUAAUUGAAGACUUUACUACUGGUGGGUAUAAAAUAGAAAUUGGUUAUGAAAAUAUCCCAUUCCCAUGCUUUUGUUAAAUUUUUGCUGGUUUUUGUUCUUGCAAUUAAUCAAUAUGCUUAUAUUUUAAUACUAUUACAAUUAUGUGCACUUAUUGUAUAUUACAUGUUGGAUUUUUACACUUUGAUAUCAUAAAGUAAAAUGCUUAUCUGAAUAAAACUUUAACACAA